AUGCCAAGUUUAGAAAGCCACUUUUCUGCUGGCCUUGGAAGAUAUUGUCUUUGGAUAAUAGGAAAUGCAUCAACUUUGAGCAACAGCGACUCAGUAUGGGGAAAAGUAGUUCUUGAUGCUAAGAAAAAGGUCUGCUUCCACAAUGCUGAUGAUGAUAAGCAGUUGGCUCGGGCUAUUGAGGAUGCCUUGCUUGAGCUUGAACUACUCGACAAAUUCGAGACCCCAUUUAAGAAACUCAGUCUAGGGAACAAGCCAGAGACAGGUGUUAUUUCCUCCAGUGGCUAUGUGGUUUGGGUUUCCUCUGCUUUGGGUCCCUAUUGGGGGUUUCAGCAAGGAUGGAUGAAGUGGCUGAGUGGGGUGAUAGAUAAUGCUUUAUACCCAGUUCUAUUUCUUGAUUAUCUGAAGUCAGGAAUCCCUGCAGUAGGUGGUGGCUUACCUAGAGUUGUUGCAACCUGGGGUCUGACAAUACUUCUCACUUAUUUGAACUAUAAGGGUUUAACCAUUGUGGGAGGGAUUGGUGUUUGUUUAGAGAUUUUCUCACUCCUACCUUUUGUGGCUAUGGGGUUGUUGGCAAUUCCAGACUUAGAACCUUCAAGAUGGGCUGUGACAAACCUAAAUGAUGUUGACUGGAACUUGUAUUUGAAUACUCUAUUUUGGAAUCUUAAUUAUUGGGACUCCAUAAGUACUCUUUCUGGAGAAGUGGAAAAUCCAAAGAAAACUCUUCCAAAAGCUCUGUUUUUUGCUCUGAUCCUAGUAGUUCUGAGUUACUUCUUUCCUCUUCUAGUUGGUACGGGUGUUGUUCCCGUCAACCGUCAGUUGUGGACCGAUGGGUACUUCUCAGAUAUUUAA